CCCCGGCGGCUGCUGCUGGUGUCCAACUCCAGCCCGCGCGGCGGAGGGUACCUGGGCCACUGCCAGCAGCAAGUCCGGAGCUUCUUGGGGCAGAAGGUGAAGAGAGUUUUGUUUAUUCCCUACGCUCUUCAUGAUCGAGAUGCCUAUGCCAAGACCGCAAGAGAGAAGUUUGAAAGUUUAGACAGUUUCAAAAGGCAUCUCUGGCAUCAAGAACUGAGUUUCCUGUUACAGUGCUGCUUUAUCUUCCAGGAUGGAAUUCCAUACAUGGGGUCCAGUGCAGGAACUAACGUAGCUACUAUCAGCAUCAACACAACCAAUGACAUGCCAAUCGUGUACCCACCUUCUCUGCAGGCCCUUGGAUUGGUUCCUUUUAACAUCAACCCCCACUACUUGGAUCCAGAUGUUAACAGCACUCACAUGGGUGAGACUCGUGCGGAGAGGAUACUUCAGUAUCAUGAGGAACUAAACACCCCUCCAGUACUGGGUUUGCGCGAAGGAACAAUGUUACUAGUGGAAGGAGACAAAGCCACCCUGCAAGGAGUAACUGGAGCAAGGCUGUUUUUGAGAGGUGAGAAACCAACUGAACAUGAGCCUGGAACAGAUUUCAGUUUCCUCCUGACCGAUAGUAACUCCCAGAAGCCCUGACCUUUCCUGUAGUGAAAUACCAGAUGCUAAAGGAAGAUAGUGAAAGGAGGAGAUCUCGGGUCUGGAAACAAUACAUUUUGUAAAUAAAGCACGAUUUAAAGAA